AUGGCGCUCUCAACAGCACUCGACAACAUUUGUCCCCCUGAGAGCCCUAUAUCAACGAUGUCACAGGCGACGGCUCCUCCUAGUCGUGCGUUCCUCGACUUGCCUGCUGAGAUUCGCAUCUAUAUCUAUUCCAACAUGGCAAUACCCUAUGACAAUUCAUUCUGGUACUACCGCGGUCUGUACAUGUCAUGUAAGCAGGUGCACAAGGAGAUGGACAAAGACUGCGGGAGGAUUCUGCGCAAGCAUCUCGAGGGCAUCAGGGACUCAUGGGAGGGGUUCCUCGGACUCGACUUGCAGAUUCCUGAUGACUUUUCAGGCAUGCACCAUGUUGUCUUGCGUAUUCCAGAGAUAUUCAUCCGUCUGUCAUCCGUACACAGAAACCCUCCGAGCCGAACUUCCUUCAUGGACUUGACGCCACUGUUCACUCUACAUCUCCAGUCUAUCAUCAUGCGCAUCGAGAAGCCGAGGAAGGACCUUGUGUGUAUACUCAAAUUUGGAAACAUGAUCAACAUGACUGGAAUGAUCUCGUCACUUUUCCCUAAGGACUAUUUCCUCUACGAUCCAACCGACCAGGCUAAUACACGUCGCAUCAUGCUUGAUACUACAUACAUGCCGCGAUCUAAGAUCCAGGCUGAUGACGUUAUGCGGGUCGAAUCACUGUAUACACGUACUGAUAUGGAAGCCCUUGCUUCACCAUUAAGUCGCUAUGUGAGCGUAGGGUGGGAGACUUGGACCAUAAAUCUCCCCAAUGGGAAGAAGAUUGUUUUCUGGGCCAAGGAUGUGAAAGGAGAGGAACGGGAGAGCACACAGUUGUGGACGAAGAUGGCAUUUUAUAGGUGGAAACUCACUCCACAUCGUCGGCGUCCGGCCUAUUCGCAGUUCGCCCUCAUGCUGCGCUGA